AUGUACGAAAGAGCGCUGCAGAGCCAUGAACGCCACGGGAAGCAAUGGGGCUACCCCAUGCAUAUCUUACGACAGGAUAUCGCGGUCGGGUUCUGGAAUAAACCGAGCUAUCUGCUAUCUUUGGUGAUCAAUGAAUUGACCAAGCCAGCCGGCGAGCGAAUGGAAUGGUUGAUGUGGGUAGACGCAGACUCGAUUAUACUCAACAACGACAUCCCCGUUGAGGUCUUCCUUCCGCCAUCAGACCUGAAAGAUAUACACCUGGUGGCAACCCAGGACCAAAAUGGCCUCAACACAGGAAUCAUGUUCCUCCAUGUCCAUCCUUGGAUGAUAAGUUUCCUUACCGAAACAAUGGGAUACCCCCUUUAUCUCCCUCAGAAUGACCUCGGUCGAUCUGCCGACCAGGAAGGCAUGAGACGUGUGCUCAGCAAGACGACCGGGGGUCCAAAGGGACAGGGUUACGCGGAUGGAGUCUCCUACCUGCCACGGCCUUGGAUCAACACCUAUGAAUGGGACUGGGCGUAUGAAGGCAAAAGGGGAGAUCUGCUCGUGCACUUCCCAGGCCUGGAGGAGCGCCGAUGGCCGCACAUGGCUAAAUGGUUGGAUAUCGUCGAGACGACUCCUCAUGAGUGGAGUUUACCUCUUGCUGAAACUGGAUAUCUCAACAAGUCUACAGUGUACUGGUCGCAGAUGCGAAGUGCGAAGGAAAGUCUCAAGUCUACGGAGAAGAAAAUGCAGUCUGGGGAGGCAGUGUCCGGAAGCACCAAGGAGGCAGUCAGUGCACUCAAGAACGCAUUACGUGAGAAAUCAGACAAUAUGGAGCUGGUACAGCAACUGCUCCAGGAUCUUAAUGCAUUGAUCGGGAUAGAGUAG